GAGCAGCUUUAGCUCGUGCCGAAGCAGGAAGAGAACAAGCGAGCAGUCAGCUAUAGCGUCCGCACCACACAUCAGCCCUCUGCUUGGCCUUUUAAACGUGACUCAUAAGAAAAAGAACACCUCCUUCGACGUUCAGCAGGAUUGUAGCUUUAACUAUUCUCUUCGAAAGCAUGUGAUGAGCCAAGCUCAGAAAAAAGUCUCCCUCAGCCAGGGCUGUGGCAAGGGCUGUAACCAUGUAGAUGGUUGUCCCCAUGGUAAAACCAUGGGUAGAGCUUGGCCUGGGCAUUGUUUGAAGGAGGCCAAAUCACUAAAGCACACAGCCAGUAGAGACAAGCAAAAGAAACGACAGCCCAUGGAAGGAUGCCUCCAUGACGGAGGUAAGACAGAAGCCAAGUUAAAAAAGAGCAGGACUCUGAAGGUUGUGGACAAAAAAGUAAAGGCAAAAGUGUCCAAGAAAUUGAGGGAAGAGCGGAAUAGGAAGCUUUACCCACUACGACGAAGAAGUAACCAAUCAAAAGACGAGGCCUUAAGUUGCCAGGUCCUGCUUACCCGCCUGGAGGAGAAUGCCUUUGAACAGGACAGUGAAUUAAAGGAGGAAGAGUCAAAUGCAAUUUCAAAAAGAGGUCGGCAAAAAAAGAGAAGAAAAAACAACCCAAAUGCCAAUAAAACUUUAUGUACCCAAUCUAAAACUAAAAAUGAAGCAAGUACUAAUACAAUUCUUGCUCAAGAGCCCCGUAAACGCCGGCUUGCAGCUCUUAAUGCCGAAGCAGUCAACAGCCUGCUGCUGGAGAAAACAGAUGUACCACUAAGCAAACUCCCUAAGAAACAGCACCAUGAGACAGCACUUGUUUUUAAUGAAACAGAUGAUGCAAAAAUUUGCUCCCUGUCAAAAACUGCUGCUCAAUCCCUCAAGACUGAAACGUGCCAAAACCGUAAAAAGGCUAAGAAGCGCAAGUCAGAGAAAAAAGACAUGAACGAUCUAAAUCUAGAUCUGUACACUCCUACUCCUAGACGCCUUGCCGGACUCAAUGCUGCCGCUCUGCUGAAGCUCACAAGCUCCACUACUGGAAGUAAGCAGCGAGUGAAAACGGACAGUAAAGGUGUUUGCACUACAGGGAAGCAGACCACAUGCUGUACAUCCCGCGUGCAACAGCCCAAAAAGCAAGGACUCAAACAGGCUUUACCUCAGGGUGGUGGUGCAGCAUGUAAGACCAAGGGGAGUGAGUCUAAAGUGAAGUGGGAAGGACCUUCUGACUGUCACUGCUUAGCCAAAUCAGGGUAUUAUUCUCAUGGCAUGAUGGGAUAUCCCAUUAAUGUGGUAAAAGAAGAGCAGGUGGAAACUGAGCUUGGUUCUUGUUACUGCUGUUCUGAAGAAGGCUCAGUGGAAUACUGUCACAGGUUGGCAUUGUACCUGAGCCAGAAGGCCUGUAGUGAGACAGACGAGCACCCUGUGGCCUCAGUGAAGCACAAAUGCCUGGUUGCCCCGUCUUCACUGGCCCACCCAGCGCUCACCCUCAGUGCCCACCCAUGCCUAUGUGCAGACCCAUGCUACUCUAGUUACUAUGUUCACUUUGCAAAUCACGGGCCUCGUUCAGUUUGUCUAAGUACGCAGCCACUACCUUGUGCACAUAGCUCCAUGUGUCCCAGCAGGGUCCCUGCAUCAAAGCUGCUGUCCUCCUCUGUCUCCCACGCCUCAGGAAUCUCACACCCUGCCUUCUGUAGUCCCGUUCGCUCUCCAUGCUGCAGCGAGGGCUGUAGAGUUGGCAGCUACACUUUCAGCGCUAUGCAGCCUGUCACCAGCAGGGCGUGUUCUUAUGCCACAGGCUGCUCCAACUGUAGCCAUCAAAUCAAAACAGAAGGCUGCUCUUCAACCCAAGGGGACCAGGGUUCAUCUUUGCUUGUUCCACCAGCCCUGCCUCUUUCUGGAUGCCCGUUGCCUAGGUUAAGCCCAUCCACCACGGUUCUGCCACGUCUUCUGUCCACUCUUGCAGACAACAGACAGAAAGAGGUCAGAGGACCAAGAGAAUGCCCUCAAAGCACCAAACCAUCAAAUGGCUCUAUUGGUGCAAGACCUACAAAACUGUCUCAGAAACAGCCAGUGCCCUGCCCAGCAAGUGCCAAACAGCAGAAAAAAGUACAACGCCACCGUACCACAAAUGGCUGGCGUCCUUUUGGAGAACCCACAGAAAAAGAAGUCUUUAUUGCGGGUGAGGACAUGACAGUACUGCGACAGUGUUAUGAAGGAGUACAGCGAGAUGGAGAGGUGAUCCGAAUCAGAGACACAGUGCUGUUGCGCUCUGGACCACGAAAGAAAUCCUUACCCUAUGUGGCUAAGAUAUCAGCUUUGUGGGAUGACCCUAAGACAGGAGAGCUGAUGAUGAGCCUGUUCUGGUACUAUCGACCAGAACACACACAGGGAGGCAGAGAUCCCAGCAUGCACUGUGAGAAUGAAAUAUUCGCCUCUCGACAUCAAGAUGAAAACAGCGUGGCCUGUAUCGAGGACAGAUGCUAUGUUUUACCUUUAGCACAGUACUGUAGAUUUUGUGCCUUGGUAAAGCGCCGCUCAGAGGGGGUUUCCCACAGCGUGCCCAUGGUGCCCCGGCCCUCUGACAGUGCUGUCCCCAAUCACCGUCUUGUGCCCGAUGACGUUGAUCCCGAACUGGUUUACCUAUGCCGCCAUGUCUACGACUUCCGCUACGGCCGCAUACUGAAGAACCUGCAGUAAGAGUGCAAGCCUGCGUGCAGCGCACACACACCUGCACCUCACUAAUAGUGGAAAGCCUUUGUACUAAAAAGAUCCCUGUGCAACCUACUGGCCUUUUUGUUCUGAUUUACUGUUGAAAACAUAAACGAUCUGUUUUUCUUAUUAUUCGCUCAGGAGGGUAGACCUCAGGGAGGUCUGGGGCUGUUGGACAAGAUUAUUUUUAAACUGUCUCCACAUUCCCAGAGUGGCAGCAUCUAAAGUGAGCGCUGCAGAAGAACGGAAAUGACAGCUUUAUUAAAUUCUUGAUGAGACGCUUUUUAAAUUCUCAGUAGAAAUGUAGUUUUUAUUCACCCUUCCGUUUAAUACUGGAAGAGGCUUUAUAUUUCCCUUUGGUGAUUUGUCUUGUACACUGGACUAUGACACUGGCAGGGGAAUUUAGUUGAAGAUGCCAGUUUAGAUUCAGAGUGUAAUCAAAUACAAUUUCCUACAAGUGUCGCUUAAAUUGUAGGCUGAAAGUCCUUAAGAUAAUCUAGUGCUCUUGUAUAGGAAAGUCUGGCUGUUUGGAUAAAAAAAAAAAAAAAUAGACAGACAAAGUAGACAGAUGUUAUUGUUUGUGUGGGAGCAAAUGCUUUCUGUUCCUGUGGGACUCAAACUGUACCAUCGAACCCAUACCCAUACCAUCGAACGUUCAAAUGACUCAGUGACCAGUGAAGAGUCGAGGCUUGGCUUUUUGUUCUCACGUUUUGCUUCAUUGCAUUCAGGUCACUUUGUAAUGUUUGUCUUUUUCGUUCUUCUCAUGUCUUGCUUUAUGCAGGUCACUCGGUUGGCAGCUAGUUUUGACCGAAACCUCUAAAAAAAAAAAGUACCUUCUGUACUAAAACCAAAGGUCAGCUCAGUGCUAAUCUCUGUUCUCACUAACUAAGCCCCCAGGAUCUGUGCCCUAUAAUUCCAGAGUUUGGAGAAGCUGACACUUGUUUUUCAAGUAAAAUAUAUCUUUAUCAUGUACCGAGAGGAGACACUUAACACUCGUAACAAAUUUAUUGUCCCUUGCUUCUAGUCACACUAGCUUAAUUGCACUAAUCCAUUGCAUGAUUUUUCUUUCUUUCUUUCUCUGCGAUUAUUUUAAUUUACAGUUAGGUUUUUCUUUCUGAUUUUGUCAACACUGCUGACAACAUUUAGUCAGCAAGGAAAAGCCCUGGAACGACGUCUUUAAAAAACUUUAUAAUUAGAUAUCAGAACAACAAAAUAAAGAAUUAGCUACUUCAAACAACACGGAACUUCUACUAUUUUGGUAGUUCUAUGUUAAGUAUAUACAUAAAGAAUUUAAUUCAAAGGUUCUUUUACACCUGUUAAAAAUUUGCUGUAUGGAUCAGAGGGAAAUGGAUCUUGUUGGUUUCACUUGUGAUUUUGUUUUGGUUUGCCCUCACUACACAUAAUUAAACAAACCAAACGGUUAAAGAAACAUCGGCUAAGGGGUAGGCUUGUGCGAUACUGAUUUAUCCCUGAUCGCAAUUUUCUAUUUUAACAUAGAACUCACAGAAUAGACAGAAAAACGUACAUUUUCAUCAUUUCCGGUUAACGGAAAAUAGGAGAGACGUAAUAAUAUAUCCAGCAAAUGGAAACUACAGCAAUCUCGAAAAAACUCAGGUGGAUUUUUAAGUGAUUCUACAGUAAUGCACUAUAUAUAUAUAUAUAU